AUGGCUGAUGGUUCUAAUGAUAAUGAUAAACAAGAGGAGUGUAGUGUGUUCUUGAAGAAGUUCCUCGGUGGUAGAAGUAAGACCAUGGUAUUGGCCCGUAAGGAAUGCCAUAUGCUAUUGGAAAAGUCCCUUAAUUGGGUAUUAUCGGAUAUCCUAAAACCUAUAGCCCUCACUAUACGUAAAACUAUGAAUCAGAAGAUAGCUGUUGAGAAGUAUACUAUACGAAAUGGUAGGUUAAUAUUGAUACAGUCUAUGUUGAGAUCUUAUCUUAUACGACGUACCGAGAUGCAGAGGAUACAGCUUAGACGGGGCCUUAUUACAGUAGCAUUACUACAAAGGAAGGUCUAUAUGUUCCUUGUAGCAAGGGCUGCUGCUAUGCAGUUACAGACUGCUGCUAGAAAUCUAUUGGGUAUGCUAAUAUAUGAGAGGAGAUAUUUCAAUGUAGAAGGGAGAAUAGGGAAAAGGAUAAAGCAGCACGAUUAA